AGGUGCGCGAACUAUAACGUCCUUGAACUCCGACCUUUAGCCAGAGUUUGCUAGGUUCACCGUUAAGCUGUACGAAUUGGACAAUUCUAAGAAUUUAGAACACAAAAGAUAAGUUAGUUAUUGAAAUGGCCUCAUAUAAUAGCAGACAGUUCUUACUACGACUCUCCCGUCAAAUACAUAAGUGUCAGAGACGCUUAUACACAAACAAUAAUGCAGUUCCCCAUGUUGCCAUUAUUGGAAGUGGUCCUGCAGGAUUUUAUACUGCUCAACAAUUGUUAAAGGGUCAUUCAACAAUUAAAGUAGAUAUAUAUGAAAAACUUCCUGUUCCAUUUGGCUUAGUAAGAUUUGGUGUAGCACCUGACCAUCCAGAAGUGAAGAAUGUUAUUAACACCUUCACACAAACAGCAGAGAAUGAGAGAUGUAGUUUUAUGGGUAAUAUUACUAUUGGUAAAGAUAUAACAGUAGCUGAUUUACAGAAGGCAUAUACAGCUGUUGUAUUGUCUUAUGGAGCUGAUGCUGAUAGAACCUUAGGCAUACCUGGAGAGGAUCUACCAAAUGUUAUUUCAGCCAGGACUUUAGUUGGAUGGUAUAAUGGUCUACCACAUGAUAAAAAUUUAAAUGUAGAUUUAUCUGGUGAAACAGCUGUUAUAUUAGGACAUGGUAAUGUUGCUUUAGAUGUGACUAGAAUAUUACUUACUCCAGUAUCUAUAUUAGCAAAAACAGAUAUUUCCCAGCAUUCUUUAGAUGCCUUAUCAAAAUCCAACAUUAAAAAGGUUUAUGUGGUUGGACGUCGAGGACCUCUACAAGUGGCUUUUACCAUCAAAGAAUUGAGAGAAAUGAUUCAUCUACCAGAAUGUAAAACUAUUAUCCAUAAAGAUGACGUGGCACAUCUCCAACCAUUAAUUGAAAAGUUACCACGUCCUAGAAGAAGAUUAACUGAUUUAUUGUAUAAAACUGGUUGUACUCCCUCAGAAAAAGAUCUUAAACUUUGGGCUAAUGCAAAAAGACAAUGGGAAUUACAAUUCUUAAAAAGUCCAACAAAAAUAGUGCCAACUGAAGAUAAGAAAAUAAAAUCAGUUUUAUUCACUAAAAAUACUUUGCAGGGUGAUGACAUUGUAAAUCAGAAAGUUAUAUCUACUGAACACACAGAAGAAAUAGAAUGUGGACUAGUGUUGAGAAGUAUAGGUUAUAAAAGUGUCUCCAUAGAUAAUACUAUACCAUUUGAUGCUAAGCGGGGUGUUAUACCUAAUGAAAAUGGUCGAGUUACAGGAGUUUCAGGUUUAUAUUGUAGUGGCUGGGUAGGAUUAGGUCCUGUGGGUGUCAUACUCUCUACUAUGACAGACGGCUUUAAUACCGGAAAACUUAUAUUAAAAGAUAUAGAAUCAGGACAUAUUAGACAUAUACCCAAAUCAGGAAAAGAAGAAAUAUUACCUGUUCUUAAUGAGAAAGGCGUGAAGGUAGUUAAUUUUAUGGACUGGAAACAGAUAGAUAAAGCCGAGACACAAAAAGGCGAAACUGUAGGAAAACCAAGAGAAAAAAUAAUAUCUAUUGAAGAAAUGAUCCAAGCGACCAAGACAUGAUCAAUUAUAUUGUAACAAUGGAAUAUGUUAUUAAAUGUAAAAAGUAAAGAUGGGUUGAUGCGUCAUUUGCAGUUUUCGCUAAUAUAUCAAAUUUCUCACAGCUUAAUCCACACUAAGAUGUACUCAGAUUGAUCAUUUUAUUAAGAAAACAAAAUCAAAAUAUCAACACUAGAUAACCUCCUGGCUUGGAUUCAAUCAGAUUUAAAAUUGGCCGCUACCAAUUUUGUUUGUCCAACAAAAAAUGGUGGCAUACUCAUUACCUAGUACAUCAUACAAGGGCGUGGAUUAGUCAAAACUUUUGGGGGUGACGGACAAACCCUGGAACCUGGAACAUUUCAUUACCAAACGAAAUAAAUAAUUAUGAACAGUUUACUGUACCAGUGUUAUUUCGAUGAAGGCUGUAACUAAAGGUAAUAUGAUGACAAUAUGGAAAAAUUGACUACCUACGUCAAAGCUGCAUAAAUAUUAAUUGUUCAUGAAGUUAAGUGAAUUGUUCAUGAAGUUAAGUGAAUCGUCCAAAGACGUUCGUUCUACGAUCAGGACUGUUCUCUUUGAAUAUCUUGGCGACAUGAAGGGGAUUAUUAUGCAUAGCACACGCCAUCAAGUGGUUCAGUCGGUUUUGCGUCAUGGAGUUGCGCAGUCAAGUUUUGAUACGGCACAGAGUGCUGAAGGAUCGCUCGGCUGACCAGGAACUAGCAGGGUUCAGCAGUGUGAGAUGAGAAGAGCUUCGACAGAAGGGAACAUCUGCCUCACUUCAGGUGACAUAAUGAGGAACGCUUCGUGCACAAGUGAAAUAGAUUUGGCCGAAAACUGGCGCUUGAAGAAUGGCAAUUCUUGUUCCAAGUCCCGAUUCAGUUCCAGAUACGUAGAAACAAGCUCACCAUCAUGUGGAUAUAAGCCUGAAAAUCUGUCCUGACGAUCAAUAUCAUGGGGGGGACAGAGACAUAUUCUUCCCCCCCCUUCCGAUUCUAAGGGGGGGGGGGACGUUCCCCCCCUAAAUCCACGCCCAUGACAGCAUAAAUCAAUGGGGCAGCACAACAACUAUUAUUCCUCAUGCAAGAAUAAAAUGUCUCAUGUAUGGAACAAUUUGCCAGAUUGUUUUAUGUAAAGGAUAUAACCGGAUUCUGAGAUUAUGCUCGGAAAAUUAAAAUCCAAGGGAAGAAAUCCAUGUAAAUGUGUUGAAUGUUUUUUUGCCAUAAAUUGGAUUGUUUAAUUGAAAAAUAUUGAGUAAUUUUGUGGAUGUGAUUGAAAAUAUUUUAUUGCUUAAAAAUAUACAGUUUUCAUAGAGUAAGAAAAGUAAAGACGUGGCAUUUGUAAAUGUGUACUAUUUAUUCCCUGUUUUGAAAAACAGGUUAUAUAUUUGUUGUAUACCUAAAUAAAAAACAAUAUUGUAAACUGUUAAUGUUGAGAAUUGUCACCUGAAAGAAUAAUUGAAGAAUGAAUCUUAUGAUGAUCACCGAUAAGGUAGAAUUUAUAUUUCCCAACAACAGCUUCCAAUCUGUUUUGUCAUAUGAUGAAAAUUAUCACAUGCUCAGGUAGUAAGAGAAAUUCGUAGGAGUAUGAUUUAUUUAACAUGCUUAUUUUAAUUAUAUUAAAAUGUUAAAGAUGUGAUGUCUCCCUUUGAUGUUGGCGUACCAAUAUUUCAAAUAAUUUACUGGCAACAAGCCAAACAUACAUCACGAUAGAGGCAGGCAUUCAGGUGAUGGGACGAUGAACUGUAUCAAUAUUCAGUGCCAAAAACCUUAUGAGAUUAAGGCUUCAGUCUUUAAUGGAUAAGCUGCUGUCAAAAUGUGGUUGCUGUGUGAACGUAUUUCGACACUUUGGGUGGCUAUCUUUAAACAUAAGGGUGGCUGUUAGAUUUUAGGUAAGAGCAAAAACUACUCAAUUGAUGACAAGUCAAACAAUUCAUUCAGGUGAUGGGACGAUGAACUGUAUCAAUAUUCAGUGUCAAAAACCUUAUGAGAUUAAGGCUGCAGUCUUUAAUGGAUAAGCUGCUGUCAAAAUGUGGUUGCUGUGUGAACGUAUUUCGACACUUUGGGUGGCUAUCUUUAAACAUAAGGGUGGCUGUUAGAUUUUAGGUAAGGGCAAAAACUACUCAAUUGAUGACAAGUCAAACAAUUGCAGGAAAAACUAUGUAAAUUUGAAUCAAAACUCUGAACUUUGAAUCAAAACUCUGAACUUUGAUCACUAAUUGAACAAUACCAUAGAAAUCUGCUUAGAUUCACAUGAUGACAGAGAGAAAUGGGGUUUAUGUCCACCCGACACAAACUAGGUCAUUUCAGGACCAACAUAUUAUUAUGGUUAAAUCUUAUUUCUAUAAUUCACUUGCGCGUAAGGGUCUUUAGCAGUGGGAGGAAACCAGAAAAAAAACCCCAGGUGAUCCUACUCCUUGACACUCACAAGCAGGGGGUUCAAAACCACUCCACUUGACUCAAUGACAGACCGUAUGAUUUCAUGCACACACGUUUUAAACCACUUGGCACCCCCCCCCCCUUCCAGAGCAGGGACAGUAACUCAGUUCAAAAUUGCUUUCAACAGGGUUCUUUUUUCAUUACUUAUUCACACCUGUUAAACCGUAACCACUAAAGUUUUCAUGUUGAACAGCAACCUUUCGAAACAAAUAUGUCUGCAGUAGUAAAUCAAGAUACAUGUAUCACCAGAUUUUGUUGAUAUCCAUGUGAGAUUAUUUCUUUUGUCAACCCACCAUUAAAUUGUCUUUUGUUUUGGGUACAAAUAUUUAAUUGUUUGAAUGGUUUGUCUGCUUUAAAAGACAUAAAUGAAGAGUCAAGUCCAAUGCUUGUAAUACUUUUAUAUAAUAACAAUCAGUUUGUGGGUUACAUACAAGAUUUUAAUACCAGUAUUUAAAUAUUCAUAUGGUCAAUUUUUUUAGCAUUUUAGCUGCAUUUAUAGAAAUUGUAAAUCUUUCAAAUGAAUGUAUUUCCUUUAAUUCAUUUGUUUUUAAAGGUGUAUUUUGUAAGAGCUAAAUCGAUUUAUUGAAGGUCCUUUUUCUGGCUUCAAAUGUUAUUUAAAUAAUUAAACAGACCUUAAUAUACAUGACAAGCCCAUAAACACCUCUCUAAACCAUCGAAUGGCUUGGAUAUCAAAUGGAUUAGACCAUUUGCAGCGUGGCACCAUUAAACGGUAAACAAGAAAAAUGGAAAAUUGAGAUUUUGUUUAUUAUCGUAGCAAUGACAAUCUGAAUCAAGAUGCUAUUCUUGUCUAAACUUUAAACAUCCAUAACUUUGCUUAGAGUAAGUAAUUUGACUGAAAUUUUCAAUAUAUUCAUUAUCUAUUUUUAAACUAUUACCAUACCGGUAGUGAAAACGGCCAGCUCUUUAUUUAAAUCUUACGUAGGAAACAUCACUGAUCAUCAAAUAAAGAACAAAAAGCAAUCAGUUAGAAUAGUCUUGAAAAUCAUUUAUCUGCUUAUUUGUACCAUAACUAAAAUAAUGUAAUUAGUUUUUGUAUGUAUCAUAUAUAAUUCGACAUUGUACAUAUAUUAUACACCCAAACCAGAAGGAAGCAAAUUAAUAUAAGCCUACUCGGCUUGUUUUUGUAUCCUAUUAUUUAUGCCUUUUACAUUGUAUAAUAUUCUCGAAAUAAAUACUGUUUAAACCAA